AUGCCGAUGGAGUGCCGUCUUAAGCAGCUCCUCGGUGACCUGCGCCUCGGUGGCAAUGGCCUAGACACACCCACGAAGCUCCUGAGUUACAUGCAGGGGCAGGCUGCAAGUCUCAAUGUCGACGACAACAUCCUCCGCCUGGCUUGGAUGCAGGCUCUACCGAAGAGCUUUUCUUCUAUUCUGCAGUACUUUGGCCAACGCUACACACUCACCGAAUUGGCCGAAAUGGCAGACCGCGUGUACAACGAUCAGCUUUCGGUCCAGCGCAUCCACCACCCUCUUCCGAAAACGCUGAACUGGUAG